AUCUUGCUAGCUUGCGGCCGGAUUUGGAAGUGGUGGAGGCGGCAGCUGCGGUGAGGGCGUGGAGAAGGGUGGGGUGAGUGGGCGAGGCCGCGACGAGGGCGACAGAGUUCUCCUCUUUUUGGCCCUUCUGCGUGGGACGGCGUGGACGUGUUUUUGGAGGGAUGUCCGCCUUCUCCGAGGCGGCGCUGGAGAAGAAGCUGUCGGAGUUGAGCAACUCGCAGCAGAGCGUGCAGACCUUGUCCCUGUGGCUCAUCCACCACCGUAAGCACUCGCGGCCCAUCGUCACGGUGUGGGAGCGGGAGCUGCGGAAAGCCAAACCCAACAGAAAGCUCACUUUUCUGUACCUAGCCAAUGAUGUCAUUCAAAACAGCAAAAGGAAGGGGCCGGAGUUUACAAAAGAUUUUGCACCAGUUAUAGUGGAGGCUUUUAAGCAUGUUUCAAGUGAAACUGAUGAAAGUUGUAAAAAGCACCUUGGAAGAGUGUUGUCUAUUUGGGAAGAGAGAUCUGUUUAUGAAAAUGAUGUAUUAGACCAACUUAAGCAAGCUCUGUAUGGUGAUAAAAAGGCUAGGAAGCGAGCUUACGAACAAAUAAAGGCAGAUGAAAAUGAAAAUUGUUCCUCUUUGGGCUCUCCAAGUGAACCACCACAGACUCUAGAUCUCGUUAGAGCAUUACAAGACCUAGAAAAUGCAGCUUCAGGUGAUGCAGCAGUUCAUCAGAGGAUAGCUUCUUUGCCUGUUGAAGUCCAAGAAGUAUCCCUACUAGAUAAAAUAACCGAUAAAGAGUCUGGUGAAAGGCUUUCUAAAAUGGUAGAGGAUGCUUGCAUGUUGCUGGCAGAUUAUAAUGGCAGAUUGGCGGCAGAAAUAGAUGAUAGGAAGCAACUCACUCGAAUGUUAGCAGAUUUUCUUCGUUGUCAAAAGGAAGCCCUUGCAGAGAAAGAGCAUAAAUUGGAAAUAUUGGACAUGGGCGUAUCUUCUAAUGAUGUCAUCACCAUUAGCAUAUUUUUCCUGUUAAAAAUAAAUAUCAAACUCAAAAGCCUGUAUUGUCUCAUGUUUUUGAAAACUGAAGAAAAGACUGAAACUUCUUAUUCUACUUUAUUGCUUUCUCACUUGCGAUUCUGAUCAUCACUGGUUUCAAAAACAAAGUUUACAUUUGAAAAGUGUAGAAAAUAGAUCAAAUACUACCCACCCUUCUGCAACCUCCUCUUUCCUCAUUGCAGCGUAGCCAGAUUUCAUAGUUAAUAUUCAUAGAUGGUGGGCUUAUGAUAACAAUAGCAUUUACUAUGUAUCAGUGUACUAGUGUAGGCACUUCAUAUUAUCAAUUCAUUUAAUCCUUGUAACAAGAUGUAUCACACAUUUUAUAGGCAUGGAAUUUAAGCAUAAGGAAAUAACCUAGGUCGCCCAAGGUCACCGUGAACUAGGGAAUUGUUUAGAACCCAGGGAAUCUGCCCUCCAGAGUCAGUGCACUUAGUCACAAAGAACAUUUAUUUCCUGUUUUUGCCUAAAGAAAUGUGAGGCUGCAGUGCAAACUGAAGCCCUGUUUCUUCAAUUCUUUUUGGUCCUCAGAAGUAAUUACUAUCUUAAAAUAGUGUUCUAGGGACUUUUGCUGUUCAGUACAACUGAAUUUUAUCCUUUAAAGGUGUGAUUGAAAAAUACGGUAAAUGUUUUUAAUUUAAAAAAGAAAACCAUUACAGUUGGAGGUAACAUUGCCAUUAAGUCCUCUUCAAAAUACAACCCCUUGCUUGAACACACAUAUCCAUUAUUGCCACUUUCUGAAGCAGUUCUGCAAGUCCUCUUAUGAGUGUCUUUAUGAGGUAUGAUUAAAACAUAGGAAAAUGCACUUGGCAAGGUCCAUCCAAUAAAAAGCAAGCUUAUAAAAACGUAAGUUGGGUCCCAAUCUACCUUACUGGAUCUGGUGCUUCUCCAAAGUCAAAAUGACAAUAAAAGAUAAAUGUCUUGAAUGAAUUUAGGACAUAAAGGCAGCCUUACUAGGGCAGUAAAAACACGCUAAGACUUCCAAAACUGCUUUAGAAAGUGGCAAGAAUGAUACGAUAAAUGUAUUUGGAGCAAGGGGGCAGUGUUCAAAAGGGAACUAAUGGCAAUAGCUUUUAUUGUAGUAACUUCAUUAAAAACUUUAGUAUUCACUGUAUGUUUUGACUCCCUCUAUAUUCUAAAGAAACCACCUUAUUUGUGUUCAACUUUUUAAAGAAUUACUAUAUAAAUUUGGAAGUUACUCAGUAGAACUUAAAUUAUCUGGAACUAAGUAUCCUUUUGUCAAAAGACAAAGAUAAUUUGAGAUAUAAGUAGAAACAUCACUUUGAAGUUGAGACUGAGAUGUGAAGAUUGGUAUUUUCCGUGACACUUGUUCUCAUACAUCUUGGAACGUUAACUAUCAUUGGAUAUCAGUGGAUCGUCGGUCGUUUUCUUUCUUGAAAAUGGAACAUAUAUUUAAAAUAUCAAUUUAGGAAUUGACUAAUUCUUGAGGAAGCCACUGUUAAAGCAUUCAUAAUAAUUAAAAUACAAAGCCUCAAAAAUCAUUUUGGAAAUCAAUAGUUGUUAUUUUUGAAGCGAUAGGUUAGCAAAUAAUUUAAAAUUCACUUAAUUUAUUUUACAUUUGUAAAAUCUGUUUCAUGGAUUGCUAGAGGAAUUAUAUUUCACUAUUUAGGAAGUUGAAAGUAUUGUAGGAACUAUUACUGAUUUAACUUCUUUUCUUUUUGAUAUCGGAGAUUGAACCCAAGACCUUCAUACUUUACAGCCCUUUUUAAAUUUUGUGUUGAGCUCACUAGGUUGCCUACGCUGGGCUCAUACUUGGAAUUCUCCUGCCUCAUCCUCCCAGAGUACUGGGCGUACAGGUGUAUAUCACUAUGCCUUGCUUUAUUAUAGGAGUCAUUCAUGAAUAAGGGAAUUAAAGUAACAUUUUAAUUUUAAUGUUUUUGUUUUUGUUUUUUGCCUGGAACUCAUAUCAGUCCUGCCUCAGUCCUCCCCAAUGCUAGGAUUACCGGCAUGUACUGCCAUACCUGGCUUAAUAUUUUUGAAAAGAGGCAAAUACAAAGAUCAGAAAUUCUUCCAUAUUCAAUAAUAUAAUGUGUUUGUUGCUCAGUUUUGCAUAUUUUUCCACAAUACAGUUGCUAUAAGGAAACGUGCGUUUAUAAAGUUCCUGUUUAUCUCAAAAUAUAUUGAUCUAUUUUUACUAGAUUUUGUGGAAAGUUGUUUUCUAAUUUUGGGAAUAGGUUUCCAUAGAAAAUUGGAAGGCAUAAUUUGUUGGCUUCCAGAGAAGGAUAAGGCGGAAAGAAUUCCAAGUUCUGGAAAUCAGAAUGAGAAUAUAUGUUAGAGAAGAUAAGUGUUUAUAUUUUGCCAUUCUAUUUCAGUAUAUUCAUAUCUGCCUCCUUUUUUAAAAACCAGUGGAUUAUAUGGAUAGUGUAUUUUAAGCCUAUUCUGUUGGUAUCAGAUUGACUCCAUUAAGAUGUUUGUCUUCAUUAUGACAUUUGCACAUUAUAAAUAAGACAACAACAUGCUGGUGAUUGAAUAGAGGUUUGCAUAGUCUUGCAACUGUGUGGCAGAUUCUUAAUGAACUACAGUACAGUGGAUUCAGAAGGAUGUAGGUUUAAAUAUUGGUAGUAUAAUUAAGUGCUCUGAAAAGCUUCUACCUUUUGUGUGAAUGGUACUGGGGAUCAAACCCAGCACUGCAUGCAUGCUAAGCAGGCACUGUGCCACUGAACUAUUCUUCCUUUUGCAGUAUGAGUGCAUCUUUUCCUACAUAAACUCGCACACAAGAAUGAUGGUGAUCUUUGUAAUUUUUCAACAUCUGAUAGGUUGAGUUUUUAAGCUCAAUGGCUGUAUAUUUUUUCAAAUCCAUUUUAUUUCAAUGAGAAAAAAUAAUUUGAAAACAUGCCAAUUAGGGAGAAUGGUUAUAUUUUAAGACUAUUUAUUAACCAUUUUAUUUCUCCUGCAAUUCUCUGUAUUCUUUGACCACUUUUCUAUUUGGUUCUGGUUUUAUGCCUUACUAUAUUUUUGUAUACUCUGGGCAUUUUAUUUAUAUAUUUAUAUAUAUAUAUUUAAGAUGGCCUUUUUAAUAGCUGUAAAAAUACUUUUUUCAACAAUUUUAUCAGAAUUUUUUUUUAGGACCUGAUCCAGGGUCCUAACAUUGUUUCAUAGUGGUGAUUAAUACACUUUUAUAAUUUAAUCACAGUCUUUCGUACUAUUCUCAUCAAAUACCAUUUUUGUCACACUUAAUUCCUAUAUAUACAUGUGUCUACAGUAAUGAUGGCAUCCUCCCUAUUUUAGUCUCCUGGCCCAUUUGUCUUCUAGAUUUUGAUUUUUGAUUACUUUGAAUAUUUAUUUAUUGAAGCUAUUCAAUUUUUCUUUCAUACUUAACAUUUAAAAAGGACAAUAUUUUGUUGUCAGUUUGUCAGAUCAAAAAUGUUAUUCAGUAGUCGGGCAUAAUGGCACAUGCCUGUAAUCUCAGCACUCAGAAGACAGGCAGGAGGAUUGUUGCAAAUUUGAGAUCAGUCUGGGUUACAAAGUGAGCUCAGGGCCAGCCUGAUCUUCAGAGUGAGACCUUGUCUCAAAAGACCAAAAAAAAAAAAAGAAAGAAAAAGAAAAACCACUGUAUAGCUGAUGAGUCCUUGGUUUUCAGUUAUAUUUUAAAAUUACUUACUGUAUUUUUCCAUUGAAAUAUUUACUUGGUUUAGAUUUCAACAUAAGAUGAAAUUACUUUUUAAAGAGAAAUUACUGGCUUGGUGGUGUACACCUUUAACCCCAGCAUUCUGGGAGGCCAAGACAGAGGAUCAUAAGUUCAAAUACAUUUUAGGCCCUAUCUCAAAAAGUAAGACAAACAAAACGGAAUGUAGCUCAGUUCCUCAACUGGGAGGAAAGUAGGUAGAUAGUUGGCUGAUUGCUGAAUACUUUAUAUAGUUUUUAAGAGCUAACAAUAGUCUAAAUAUAAUUCAGUUUUUUAAAAACAACCAUGUAAUCUUUUAACCAGGUUUAUUGACUGCAAGUAAUCUGUUUUUAUUGCAGGAAAAAAUUUAAAAGACAGCCCUGUAUAGUGGGUCUGUCACUGCAUCAUUACCUUUUUUAUAUGAUACGUGCAUCUUACUGUGUCAUUGUUUUCCUUGUUAAUGUAUGGCUGUGUUAUAGUUUUCUGCUGUUCUUUAUGAUUCUGACCGCUGCUUUGAUAUUAUAGAAACUAUUUUAGUGAGUGUGUAGCUAUUCCCUUUUUGGUGUUUAGUCUCUAAAGAUGAAAUUGUUGAAUCUUGUUAAAGAUUUGAUAUUUGUUAUUAAUCUUGACUGUCAAUAAGAUACUAGUUUAUUGGUGAUUCCCAAAUGCUAUCAGUAGGUCUUCUUUGCUGGCCAAUUCAUUUUCUCCAGAAAAAAAUACCUGUUUAAAAUUAAAUUUUUUUGGUAUUGAAGAUUCAACCCAGGGCCUUUGCCCUGAACUAUAUUCCCCAGUCCUUUUUAUUUUUUACUUUUUUUUUUUUUUUUUUUUUUUAAAGUUUUGAAGUAGGGUAAUGCUAAGUUGCUCAGGCUGGACUUGAUCACUUAUGGCCCUCCUUCCUCUUUGAUGCUGGAAUUACACAGAUGUGUGCUGCCAUACUUGGCAAGGAUAAAGUUUUAACAGAUUCAUGUAGAUUUUCUCUGAUCUUACUGUCUACCUGAGUCACUAUUGUGUUUUAAGGAGCCUGACACCUCAAAAGUCCUGGGCCUAAUCAGAGUUCUUUGGAUGCAUUACUUUUGUAUCAUUUUUUGUUUUGGGGUCGGCUCCCCCCCCACACCCCAUCUCAUUGAGACAGGUUCUCUAUGCAGUACAGGCAGGCCUUGAGCUUACUUUGUACCCCAGGCUAUCUUAAACUUGCAGAGAUUCGCCUGCCUCAUGCAUUACUUUUCAUCAUUAUCUUCUGGGUUUUUUUUUGUUUGUUUGUUUGUUUGCUCUUUUUGAGAUAGGGUUUCACUGUGCAUUUCAGGCUGGCCUUGAAUUCACUUCGUAGCCCAGUCCUGCCUAGAGAUGCUCCUGCCUAUCUUCUGAGUGCUGGGGUUACAGGUAUGUGCCACUAUGCCCAGCUAGGUUUCUGUCUUUGUAAAUUGUAGUGGCUUUUUGUCAGGGAGCAGAUAAAAUAUUCCAUCUCUCAUAUAAUGGACCAUUUUUUAUAUUUUACUAAACAGAGCUGAAAUAUGUGUCAUAAGUGUUGCCAGCCAUUCUUCUAAGUGUUUGUCAUGUACAUGGUGCCUGCAUUUGUGACUUAUCAUCCUGAUCCCUCUAAUACUCCCCACAUAACUAUAGCCCGAUGAAUCUUUUAAGUAUAGGUCCCAUCACACCCUUGUUCAAAACUCUGCAGGGCUUCUCAUUUCACUUCUGGAUCUUAUUUUACUCAUACGUGUCUUAAGACCACAGUGAUGAGUCUCUGUUUAACCUUGUGUCGGCUCCCUGGCUUUCAUUGUAUUCUUCCAGCAGGCAAAAGAUGUCUUCACAUCCUUGGCUUUACUGAUUCUAAGUGUGACUGCUUUGCUGGUUCAGAAUUAUUCUUGGUUCCUUCUUCAUUUAGAUUCAUGUUCCUAUGUCACCUCCUCAAGAGAAUCUUCUUCCUUUGCAGUUACUCCUUUCCUACAAUUACAACUGUAUUGCAUUGUUGUUUUGUAUCAUUCCUAUUUUAGUAUAUGUGCUGCCAAAGCGAGCACUGCAUUGUUUUGAUUUUCCUUCUUGGCAUAUAGCAUUAUUUGAAAAAUUUAAAAUUUCUCUAGUUGUACUUGUUACUAGAAUGUGAGCUUUGUGAGGUGAAGAACCAUGUCUGUUUUUCAUGUUUCCAUAUUCUCAAUUCUACAUUUAGUGCGGUACCUUUCUUCUGGUAGGCCUUUGGGUAUUUUGUCAUUAAAUUUACUAGGCCUUAAAAUGAUGAAUGAAUACCACUACAAAUGUAAUCUGUAAGAGGCAUUUUUAUAUUUUAAAUUAGAUUUUUAAGUUGAAAAAGAAUCAUUACUUUAUGAAUAAGUGAUUGAAACAUAUUUGAAGUUUUUGAAUAAAAUUACAUUCAGUGUAAUAGGCUAAUGUGGAGGGGGCAAUCAAACACGUACUGGACAAGGGCUCUCACCACUCUGGUUAGCUGAUCUUUAAGUCAUCAUAGCAUAGUACAGUGCAGUAGUCCACCCUUAUCCACCUAGUGGAUGCCUGAAACUGUAGGUAGUAUCAAACCUUAUAAAUACUAUUUUUCAUAUAUAUUUAACUACCUGUGGUAGUUUAAUUUUCAAAUUAAGUAUAAUAAUAUAAAAGUAAUCAUUACAGUUUAAUAAAUGUGAUUGUGAAUGUAGGUUCCCUUUCUCCAAAAUAAUCCUUGUUAUAGUACAGUAAUGGUUUUGAACCAUGGUGACUAAACUGAAAUACAGUGAAACCAUGAAUAAGAAGAUUGCAGUACCAGAGCAUUUUGAACAAAGAAGAAAAUAGCUUUUUGAAAUUGUAAAAUCACUACAACUUUGUCUCCCAUAAGAGUAACACAUUGACAGUAUUGACAGUAUAUGAAUAUGUGAAUGACAGGUACUCUCUAAUAAGUACUCAUAAGUUUUACUGUAUACAACUAUUGUGUACAAUAUGCUGUUACACUAUAUAGUAUAUUACUUACUGUGUACAAAACAAGUACUCAUCAAUAUACUACACCAUAUAUUGAAUUCAUAAGAAGUAACAGUGCCACCUAGUGGAGCAAUAAAAGCUACAAAUCUGAAUCCUUGCUUGUGUCUUUAUGUUACAUAUACUACAAUGUAAAAGUGGAUUUUAAUCUGUAAUUGUUAAAUUAUGCAAUGGGAGCCCUUGACAGCUGGUAACUGCUACAGUUUGUUUUGCAGCAGCUGAGAGUUGUUGGAAGUAAAGAAAUUGGAAAGUAAAGGCUGGCCUUUAAUUUGCAGUGCUCUUCCUACCUCAGCUUCUAGAAUGCUGGGACAGGCAUGUGUCACCAUGCUUGGCAAGAGAAAUUAGGUGAAAAAACAAAUGAGCCACAUUUUUUAGGAUACUUUAAUUUCAAUGAGCAGGUGAUUAUAAACAGUUCAAAGAGCAAUAGGAGCAUUGGUAGUAUUUGAAAACCUAAUGUAGUUGCUGAGUGGAUCAGUUGGAGAGAGAUUUGCAGUAGGGAGUUCAGAUAGGACUUAAUUAGAAAAAUCUGUGGAGCAGUAAAGUCCUGAAUUAUGUAGCAGGUGGUGGCAGUGAAAUUUUUUUUUAAAUUGUAAAGUUGUGUGCUAAUCAUACUUCAGAGUACCUAACAAAUACUAGCUACAAGUUCAUCACCUCUUUGAUAAAAUUUGGAGGCAUAAUCUUAGUACACAUGUCUUUCUCUGUUUCUGUCUCUCUUGGAAAUUAAACCCAUGGUCUUGCACAUGUUAGGCAGGAGCUAUACCACUGAGUUGUACUCACAACCCAAGUUAUCAAUCUCACUAGCUAAGUUAUAUUUGACUUUGCAGAAAUAAUACUCCUUUCACCAGAUCAUGUUGUUGGCAUUUAUCUUUUGUUUUGUUCUGAUACGGUCUCUAUGCAGUUGAGGCUCUUGAGCUCACUUUGUAGCCUAGAUUGAUCAUUUAUCUUUUGUUUUGUUCUGAUACGGUCUCUAUGCAGUUGAGGCUCUUGAGCUCACUUUGCAGCCUAGAUUGAUCUUGAACUUGGAACAGUUCUGUCUCAGCCUCCAGAGUGCUGUGAUUGUAGGCGUGUACCACCAUGCUCAGCUUUCCUGCUCUUGGAAAACAUUGCUUUAAGUAACUUUUUGGCAUUUAUGUUACAGUACUUUUUUUGAAAA